UCCAUUUUCCGGUAAACAAAAACAAAACAAAGCGUAGUAUUUUACUCGAUAAAGAAAAGACAUAAGCACCAGUAAAGGAUGACUGGAGGUAAAUCUAGACCUGACAGUUCUACCGACUCAAGAAGUCGUAACGAGGGACGUUCAUCUCUCCCAAGAAGGCGCGCUGCCAAAGUGUCUUACUCCGAGACGGGAGGCUUUGAGACAGAUCUAGCCCUCGCUGUCCAGGAGAGUCUGAGGUAUGCUAGGCAGGCAGAGCGCGAGGCCAAGGCAAGGGAACAGGACGUUAUAACAAUCCCCAGCGACGAAGAAGAGGACCUGAGCAUGCUGAGCCCCAUGUCAACCAAGUUCAAUGAUGGGUCAGAGUGCGUCAUGCAAAGCUGUGCACACAUGAAAGACUUGCUGAUGAUCAAUCUGGACCUUGUACAACACCAGCAGGAAGUGUUGACAGAGAGGGACAAGGAGAUCCGCGCCCUCAAAACGGAAAACAACACGUUGAAAUGUCGCCUAGAGAGAAUGGAGAGGAGGAUGGCCUUGCUGAAACAGAAAGAAGACUCAGAUUUUGUCAUGGGAACCUCUCCUAGAAGUCCAGCCAACAGGAACAAGACUGACACAGAAAACCCCACCCCUGCUGAGAGGGGGCUUAAAAGAAAAAGCAACGUUGAAGCCGAGAACAUUUCGAAAAGGUUGGCCAUGGAUGAAAAUGACACGCCAAGCACAUCAUCCAAGCCUUACCCCAAACUGAAGAGAAGGGCAUUACAUGAAGCUAGUGCAGCCUCUCCCACCCAAACUACACGUCAAAAGACCACCCAGAUACAGGAGGCAGUGCUCCUACCCACACCAAGACAGAAAUCGUGGACAGUGACACCAGACAAUAGCUCACCAUAUAAAAAGAAGCUGUUACCUGUGCUGAAAGAUCAGAAAGGAGACAAUGUCUUAAGAACCAAUGAACCUUACUAUGUGUCUCAUUAUGAGCCCCUGGAUGAAGAUUUAAGCUUUAGGAAGGAUAUUGUUCAGAAAGAAGACACCCAUUUAGAAGUGAAAUUACCGAGCUGGAGACCUCGUAAAUAUCCAAGCCUGUGGGUGCUAGAAGGAACAGAGAAUUUAGAAGAUGAGGUAUUUGUAAAGAGGCACCAGAAAUUAGAAGUGGAGGAAAAACGAAGAAAAAGGUGGGAUAUGCAGAGGAUAAGAGAGCAGAAAAUUUAUGAAAAAUUAAAAGAAAAAGAGAGAACUGCAGAGAACCUGAAAAAAGGAGAGGAUCAGCAUGUAGAAACCUUUUACCCUACACUGGAAGACAUUACUCAUAUAGAAGUAUGUAACAAGAUACCUGUGAUGGCCUUUGGACAUGCUUUGCCAAAUUUAAAAUCUGCAGAUUUUUCUCUUCCAUGGGAGGUUGAUGCCAGUAAAGCAGUAGCUACGUCCCGGUCCUCAAGGCAUGGCCGCUCGCGGUGAUUAUGGAGACUGCCACUUCAGUACCACACCAUUGUGUUCAUUGUAUGUCUGAAACGGUGACAAAAGUAGUAUAUCUGCCAUAGUGUGUGUGCUAAAGUUAGGCCAUUACAAGUUUUUUCUGUGUUUAGUGUCCCAUGAAACUUGAUCUUU